UUAACAUGAAUUCUCUAGAACAGUUCACAGGAGAAUGAACAGUUUAAAACAGCGUUGGGCCUUUACGGUUAUAACUGUAUAUUGGGUUUUGUACUCAUGAAGUACCUUGAUCUGGAAGUUCAGUCAGAGGCUAAGGAGGUUUGGCUGGCAAGGGUGUUGCAAAGGAGGGCUCAUUUCUGUGGGUUAAUGCUGGGUUCUUGAUUAGGGUAAUGACUUGUGAUAGGUGAGUGUGAACCAGAAAGCAGAUUGAGGGGCUUUGCAAUUUGAACGGGAUCCAUUUAAAGCCUUUUAGACUUCCACAUUUUCUCUUUUGCUACUCCUUUCUACCAAGCAUCAUUGGUUAAGAGAAGUCACUGAUGGGCUGGAGUGUAUCACACAAGGACCAGUGAUUGAGAGCUACUCAUGAUUUCAACGCUGUCUGGUUAUUAGCUAUUCUUACAUUGGAUUUUCUAAAAGAAUGGAAUCAAGUGAUGGCUUUUUCUUUAGAAUUUGAAUAUGGAGGCUUCAGGAACAGAUGAAGUUGACAAGCUAAAAACUAAAUUUAUAUCUGCUUGGAACAACAUGAAAUAUAGUUGGGUGUUGAAAACAAAGACAUAUUUUAGUAGAAACUCACCUGUUUUAUUGCUUGGAAAAUGUUAUCAUUUUAAAUAUGAAGAUGAAAGCAAGGUGUUGCCCGCAAGAUCAGGAUGUGCCAUUGAAGAUCAUGUAAUUGCAGGCAAUGUGGAAGAGUUCCGUAAGGAUUUCAUUUCUAGAAUAUGGCUGACCUACAGGGAAGAAUUUCCUCAAAUAGAAGCUUCAGCCUUGACGACAGACUGUGGCUGGGGCUGUACACUGCGGACCGGCCAGAUGCUGCUGGCUCAGGGACUCAUACUACAUUUUCUCGGUAGAGCCUGGACCUGGCCCGACGCACUGCACAUUGAGAGUUCGGACUCCGACUCAUGGACCUCCAACACCAUCAGCAAGUUCACUGCGUCCUUCGAAGCCUCCCUUUCAGGGGAGAGAGAACUCCGGACCCCAGCAGUCUCUCUGAAGGGAACGUCCGGGAAGCAUCCCGACGACCAUGCAGUACAGAGUGAGAUUUACCACAGGCAGAUCAUCUCUUGGUUUGGAGACUCCCCUGUGGCUGUCUUCGGCUUACAUCGCCUGAUAGAGUUUGGGAAGAAGUCUGGGAAGAAAGCUGGUGACUGGUAUGGACCAGCAGUGGUUGCUCACAUUUUAAGAAAAGCAGUUGAAGAAGCAAGGCAUCCGGAUUUGCAAGGGCUAACAAUUUAUGUUGCCCAGGACUGUACAGUUUACAAUUCUGAUGUAAUUGAUAAGCAGACUGAUUCUGUGACGGCUGGAGAUGCACGUGACAAGGCUGUUAUUAUUUUAGUUCCUGUUAGGCUUGGUGGAGAAAGAACCAACAUCGACUAUCUGGAGUUUGUGAAGGGUGUUUUAAGCCUUGAGUAUUGUGUUGGUAUCAUUGGCGGCAAACCGAAACAGUCGUACUACUUUGCUGGAUUUCAAGAUGACAGUUUGAUUUACAUGGAUCCUCAUUACUGCCAGUCUUUUGUAGAUGUCAGCAUAAAGGAUUUCCCUCUCGAGACAUUCCACUGUCCAUCUCCUAAAAAGAUGUCAUUUCGAAAAAUGGAUCCUAGUUGCACGAUAGGAUUUUACUGUCGAAAUGUCCAGGACUUUGAACGAGCAUCUGAAGAAAUCACUAAGAUGUUGAAAAUUUCCUCUAAGGAGAAAUAUCCAUUAUUUACUUUUGUAAAUGGCCAUUCCAGAGACUUUGAUUUUACAUCCACUGCAGCCAGUGAGGAAGACCUUUUCUUAGAAGAUGAAAAGAAGAAUUUCAAAAGAUUUAGCACAGAAGAGUUUGUCCUCCUUUAAAGGUGAAGACAUUUGUGCUUCUGAGAAGUGCUUGAGCACAGUGGAGUCGAAAGACCGACGAGUGAGCUGGAGAUCCUCACUAAGCACAUCCCUUUAACAGUGCACAUUCAGAGACACCUUUUCUAAAUGACUUGAUGGCUCUUGCUUUCCAGUGAUAAAUAACAAGCUAUUCUGGUUGCAUUCCUGUUUCCCAAAGAUGUGCUAAUGGAACACUACAUUAACUGCAAGCCUUUCGGUUCCCAGCAUUUUCUACCUGAGCCCAUUGGUCCCCUGAAGGUUUUAUGAUAUAUGUUUCCUCCAAGAUUCAGAUCACCAAGUUACUUUUAAAAGCCUCACUUUGUAUUAAUGACAGGAGACUGGAUCUUCAGCGCUACCCAACCUCCUGCUCUCAGUGUAACCAGAGGAUGUUUUGGGUUUAUGUAUCUGGAUAAUAAAAUGGACACAUAAAAUUAUAUAAGCAGGAUUUUAAGGCAGUACUUAACAAUAUGAUUUUAUAGCAGCUACUCUUUCUGUGUUUCACAGAGUCUUCCAUGAGGAACAAAUAUAAAGCAUUUGUUUUCCUUUCACUUCUCCCUUUCCUUCCUUCCUUCCUUCCUUCCUUCCUUCCUUCCUUCCUUCCUUCCUUCCUUCCUUCCCCCUUUUCCUUUCCUCUUUCUUUCAAGACUGGGACUCAGGAUUGAACCCAGGGCCUUGUAUAUGAUAGGCAAGUGUUCUAUCUUUGAUUUUCUCCACAUAUUUAAAAGUUAAGUUUUCGGUUGUAUCUAUAUUUAUUUUAAUUAGGUAAAGGAAAUUACAGAAUUGUAGUAUUUGUUUCCUAUCUUAGAAGUGAAGUUUUAUGGAAAUCCAAUGUACUACUUAAUUUUUAAUCUAAUGAUGAAUGCAAGAGAAAUAUGGAUGCUUUCUGAUUUUACUGUUUGUAUAAAAUGAUGUCAUGGCAUUUCGGAGCUGAGACUAUGUACAGGUUAAAUCUGCCUUAAGUGUGCUGUGAGUUUACUUUAAAGACAAACUUGUGAUAUAAGAGUAUAAGAGUUAUUAGCACGUCAGGAUUAUAAAAAAAUACUUUAAUUAAAAACAUGAGAAUAUAAGACA